GAGGGGGGGCUGGCUGAAGGCAGAGGUUGACUGUUGGACAGAAAGGCAACAGACAGAUGCUCCUCACAAUGCACAGCAGAGACUUCUCCAUAGAGACCAGUCAGGCAGGAGAUACUGGAGGCAAAAGCGGCUGAACAGUGGAUGAACUGACUAGACUGGACAAUGGUCAGAGCACACGCAGGAAAUCAGAGUAGUGAUCCUCAGUAUUUAAGGAGAGUUACAGCAGCCUUGGAGUAGCACUAGGCAGUAAAAGCUGGAGUCGGAGCAGUCUGUUCACUACGAGUCUACAGUAAGCCCAGUUACACAAAUAAGGGGACAUCACCUGUUGCAGUGUGGGUCUGGGGUAACUUUGAUGUGUGUUGUACGCUGUGGAACACUGAGACAUAGAGAUGACUGGAGCCCUCCUGUCUGGGCUUCUGCUCUGUUGCAUAGUGGUGCUGUGUGAAUGUGAGCCAACACAGCCGGGGCCAGACAAAGGAGAGAUGGACUCAGGCGAGGGCAGUCUGGUCCAUCAAACAUCAGACUGGGUGUUCCAGCUGGUCAACGUAUCCCUGGACCUCUCCCAGGCAGAGAGCUUCUGCAGCGGCCAGUUCAGCUCCCUCACCACCCUGGGCCAGCCUGAAGACGAGGAGGGAACCCUGGAGCUCCAGAGGCGGGCAGGCCUGCAUGGACCCAUGUGGGUCAGGGACCCCAACAGACCAACAAGCAGGCCUCUGGCACUAGCCAAACAGUACAUGCUCUUCCAAGCCCUGAACUUUCCCAGGGAUUCUCAGGAGGGCUACGGCCGUGUCAACAUGAUGUUUCCGGCCCUACCAGCGGUGAGCGUGUGUGUCCGCGUGCAGUGGGACCCCCAGUGGGACCAGGUGUCCACCAUGUACUCCUACGCCGCACCUGUCUUCACCAAUGAGUUCCAGCUGCGCGGGCAGGUGGACAGAACAGGACGCAUACUACUGGCGCUCAUUGUCCACGGGCAGCACCUCCCCUACAAGGCCUCCUUCCUCAACGAUGGGGCCUGGCACCACCUCUGUGUUACCUGGCGCAAGGCUGACGGCCACUGGGCCAUCUAUGUGGACGGGGAGAAAGGGGCUAUGGGCUCCAGGACUGACACCCCCAGGGACAUACAUGGAGAGGGGAUACUUAUCCUGGGGCAGGACCAGGACUCAUUUGGAGGGAACUUCACUGAACCCUUCGUAGGGAAUAUCACAGAUCUGAAUGUCUGGGACACAUCCUUGGAGCAGAGGCAGUUCCGUGCCCUGGACGGCUGCUCGCCUUUGACCCAGCAAGCUAUCUUUACCUGGAGUAUUGAUAAUAUGACCCGUCAUCCAGUGGUAAGAGAGGUGUCAGCCAGUCUGUUCUGUCCAGGGGUCCACAGGCAGAGGGAGAUGCAGGGCUGCAGGGCUCUAGAGGGCUGGUCUAGCCAACAGCUCCCCUUGUACAGCUCUGCAGACUGCUCCACCACACUCCCCUUCAUCUGCAGGACCAGCAGUGAGCGCUAUGUUAAGAUGAAGGGGUUGAGUGAGUUUCAGAGCUCCCAUCCCAGUCCCUUCAUGAACCACCUCAUGCAGCUCUCCAAUGGAACACAGGGUGUGGAGGGUGUGAUUGGGGAGCAGUCAGGGGGCCAGAUGAGCUGGGGUCAGGUGUCCAGUCUGCUCAACAUGUCCAGGCAGGCCCUGGAAGACACCAAGGAGGGGCUGCAGCCUGGAGACAUGCUGUCCCUGGUCCAACUGCUGGUGCGGGCUGCAGACGUGCCCACAGACAUGGCCACGGAGGGGAACCACAGCCGGGCCACCAACAGCGCUGGGGAGCUCAGCCACACCUUCAUCACUGUGGCUGACAGCAUCAUCAGCCAGGACAACGUCCCCAAGUGGCAGGCCAUCAAACAGGUGGUGAGUGGACCAAUGACUGUGGUCAAGAGUAUUGACCGCAUGGUGACCAGUCUGAGCACUCGGCUGAUGGCAGAAACUGACCAUCUGCUCAUUCACAGCUCCAGCAUCAAACUGGAGGUCCAGCAGCAGAGUCUGGGAGAGGAAUCUAGCGGGUCUAAGUUCUGUGGUCCAGUGGUGGACAGCGACACCAACAUAGACUGCAUCUCAGUCCCCACACAGAACAUGCAGGAUCUCCAUGACAACGGCUUCCAGAAGGUGACUGUGGUCAACACGUGGUACAGUUCCCUGCGGCCUCUCUUCAACUCAGAGGAGAACAUCACCAUGUUUCCCAUCGUCACCGAUGGCAUCCAAAGGUACCUGGGCACCAUCCUGGGCUCUUCUGUCAUCUCUACUACAGUCCUGGGUGACGGACAGCCUGUCAGCAUGGCUGUACGCUUCCAGCUCCAACACAGAGCUCAGAAUCCUGUAGGGACCGUGUAUGACCCAGUCUGUGCAUUCUGGGACUUUGAUCUGAUGCCAGAGGCAGGGGGGUGGUGGUCUACUAGAGGAUGUGAGGUCAUCUCUAAACAAUACGACUCCACUGUCUGCUUCUGCAACCACACCACCAACUUUGCCCUGUUGAUGCAAGUCUAUGAAGUCCAGAGGAGUCCAGAGAAUGAAAAAGCCCUCCAGGUGAUGACGUUCAUUGGCUGUGGAGUGUCUCUGUGUGGCCUACUCUUCACCUUCAUCCUCUUCAUUGCUGUGGGAGUUCCUAAGUCUGACCGCACCACUGUCCAUAAGAACCUGAUCGUGGCUCUGGGAAUAGCUGAGCUGCUGCUGAUGUGCAGUGACUGGGCCUCUGCUAACGAGGGGGCGUGUCUGGUGGUGACGGCCCUGCUGCACUUUUUCUUCAUGGCCUCCUUCUCCUGGAUGCUGGUGGAGGGGCUGCUGCUGUGGAGUAAGGUGGUGUCUGUCAACAUCAGCGAGGACCGCAGGAUGAAGAUGUACUAUUCCAUCGGCUGGGGUCUACCUGUUGUGAUUGUUGGUGUAACCUUGACGAUAUCCUUGGACAAGUACAAAGCAGACAAUCACUGCUGGCUCAAUGUGGAGACUGAUAUGAUUUGGGCUUUUGUGGGACCUGUUCUGUUUAUCUUGGUCGUCAAUGCAGUGGUGCUUUGCCGGGUAGUCAUAGUGACAGUGUCCAGCGCUCGUCGUCGCGCGAAGAUGCUCACUCCCAGUUCAGCAUCUAAACUCCAUACCUUCGACCUGACCUGGGCUGUGACGCGACCAGUCCUUAUUCUACUGCCAGUGCUGGGCCUUACCUGGCUGUGUGGAGUCCUGGUGCACCUAUCCAUGAUGGUGGCCUAUGUCUUCAUCGCUCUCAAUGCUUUCCAGGGUCUGUACAUAUUCCUGGUGUAUGCGGUUUACAAUAGUGAGGUGAGGAAUGCCAUAAAGAGGAUCAAAGAGAAGAGGAAAGCCUUGUCUUUCACGAACUGUUCCCAGCCAAUCAGCUUUCUGCCGUCCCAGAGGAGUCCAGCCCAGACGUGGACCCACAGUCUGCCACCUCCCUCCAGCCCAGAGACCAGCGACAUCUCAGGCCCCGGCAGCACCACCUCCACCUCACUGGUCAUCAAGAGUGAGAGUUUUGGAAAAGAAAGUCGUUUCUCCUUGAAACCAGCAUCAGGAAACCAGGUGGUUCAAUUGACUGCUUUCAAGCCCUCAGGCUGCUGAUGGAAUGUUUGGAAUUGGACACAAAGGCACAUUUAUCAUAUAACCUGGUGGGAAGAAAGUGGAAUUGCACAGUGAAUAGCACAAACAGAUACACACAAUAGAUGCAUCCACUCUCAUACAAAUAUUGUAGAUGAUGUAAAUAGACACACACUCAAAUACUGCACAUAUAGGAUACACACACACACACACACACACACACACACACACACACACACACAUACAGAAUGA